GUUUUUACCUGCAAGUCAAGACUCUGAACUUACAACUCCCACUUGAAUACGUCACGCUACACAGGAAGUGCGGAACAACRUCAGCUUGUGCGAGGAGAAACACGCCUCCUGGGUCAGGCAAAUUUGCUGUCAAACAAUUUGAUACACUUUAUGGUUUUCUUUUAACACUUCGUUACCAGUUACCGCUGUUUAACCACAUUAUCUCUGGCUUGUUUCAAGACGCUGCGUUUUCCGUCCCCGAACACCUUUGCACCAGAAAGAUGCUUCUUCGGACAUUGUGGUCGAGACUCGGAGCUCUGCAGCUUGCUGGGAGCAGACCAGUCUGUAUUGUUUCUCCAACCAUUCUUACCCAAUGUUUGAAGCCCAGCAACAACGAAUCUACCCCAAUGAUUAACUCCUGGUCAUCUACAGCCACAAGAACCUUUUAUGUAAACACAUUUUACCAGCAGUGCAUGCAUAAAACACAUGUUCAUCCUGCUGUAGCUGGAUUUAAUACUUACAGUGUUCCUCUUUUAACUCUCCCUGGGAAACAUACAAACUUCAUAUGUAAUCAGGCUCGUUUUUAUUCAUCUAACAUUGUAAAGUCAGUGCUAAAGCCAACCUUAAAACCAGUAAUAGUGCCUCCUACAGGAAAAAGACCUCCUAAAGGCCCACGAACUAAACAGCCUUCUCGGUCCAACCAGCCUUCAAAGAAGGAGGAUGAGGAUAUGAUGCAAUGCAUAGCCUUUGCAACAGCAGACCAGUAUCAUUUGCCAACACUCAGCCACGACUUGAUAAACCACGGCUUUCAAGAAAUAGAUUUACCAAGAGAUGCAUCAAACGUCCUGGUGAUAAGCACCGAAAACACUGCUAAAGUAGACGACGACGCUCUUAUUUUUUUCUUCAGGGAAGGAUCUGUUGUUUUCUGGAAUGUCCAGGAGAAAGAGAUGAAGAAGGUUUUGAGGUUACUGGAACAUCAUGAGAUCCAGCCUUACGAAGUAGCCUUAGUUCACUGGGAAAAUGAGGAGAUCAACUACACUGUGGGAGAAGGAAACACAAAGCUGGAGAGAGGCAACUUCAUUCUUAGUUACGACAUGGAUCAACAAGAGGCUGUCCUGGAGAAAUUUGCAUUUUCAAACGCUCUCUGUCUGUCAGUAAAGUUGGCGAUAUGGGAGGUGGCUUUGGACAACUUUGUAGAGUCAAUUCAGUCAAUCCCAGAGAUGCUGAAGUCUGGCAGGAGAAUCAAACUAUCCUCUGCUGAGGUUAUGCAGAAGAUUGGAGAGCUAUUUACGUUGAGACACUGUAUCAACCUGAGGUCCGACCUUCUCCUCACUCCCGAUUUCUACUGGGACCGAGAAAACUUAGAGAAGCUCUAUGACAAGACGUGCCAGUUCCUGAGCAUCAACCGCAGAGUCAACGUUGUGAAUGAGAAGCUGGAGCAUUGCACGCAGCUGACGGACCUGAUGAGGAGCCACCUGAGUGAAAAGCACAGCUUGAGGUUGGAGUGGAUGAUAGUCAUCCUCAUUACCAUUGAGGUGAUGUUUGAACUCGCAAAAAUGAUCUUCUAACCUGCUGACCACAGAAAGCACAAAUCUAUGAAUGACAUUAGAGACUUCAAGGGAAGAAUGAUGUGCUGUGCUAAGGUAUUCAUUCACUGCUAUUUCACAAUGAAUCACUGACGCAACCUGAAAAUGUGAAGGGGACCCGAUUAGCUGUAGGUUUGUUCCUGUUUCAACAAAGGGACACUUCUCAAACGCACAAUUUAUCUAUAAACAUGUCCAUUCAUCCAUUGUUUACUCUCGCUUAUCCUUCCAGGGUAGAAUGGUGCUGAGCCUGGCUAAAUGUCUGCUCAGAUUUUUAUUCAAACUUGUUGAGUAUUUGACUCUUUUUGCAUUUAAAUUUUAAGAGAAUUAUGAAAAUGUUAUUUGUGUGACUCAUUCAUGUUAAAAGAAAGAAGAAUAAAUUCUAACACGAAUGUAUCUGCUCCUAUUUGGUCCCCCAACAAAAAGCGUGAGUUCUGUUCUGGACGUUUUGAUAUGCAGACCACUGUUUGAAUGUAAAACAUGAGCCCUAAUAAUCUGUUAAACUGAGUAAGACGUUACAAUAACACAGGAGAGUUAGGAUAUGUGCAGGUAUUAUUUUAUUCAAAUAAAACACUGUUUUAAUAAUAAAAUCUUGCUGAUACACGAAUAAAGGCAUCUCAGGGUUGUGUUUUACAUCUUGCAACUUUUGACAAGAAUGAGAAUACAUGGAAUGAAAGGAAGAAUGAAGAAAACAACAUUGUGUGUGUUUUCUUUUGUUGUUGUUUUUUUUCCUUCAGCUUGAAAACAUAGCUGGUUGUAUCCAGAUAAUCCUUUUAGUUGUUGAUUCAUAAACAUUUGGGCAGAAAGAUGGAACAAGAAGUAUAUUAUUAUUAUUAUUAUUAAUAAUAAUCUUAAUAAGGCUCAAAGAUCAAUAUUUGGGUACAUUCAAUGUCAGACCUUUCUACGGUGAUGUGGCAUGCUCCCUGUCUCCUUGAAACUGACUGAGUGGUAUCUCUUUUUGACUGCAAAUAUGCACAGUAGAGCCUGUAUGAGCUUUAAAACAGACGUUAUUUACAAGAUAAAAUAUAGUAACUGAAAUAUGUUUAGGUCUGUAAUAGAUUUCGUAAAAUCGUAAAGGACUCACAUUCAAACGUGUUCAUUCCCACACAAACCUCCUCGUUUUUGUCACAUUACAGCCGCACACAGCGCUGUAUUAUUAUGACUGUGUAAAAUAGCGCGUAACUGUAAGGUGGAACGAACAUCAUGGUUUUCUACUUUGUUUACAAACACAUCUCAAAAGUGUGGUGUGCUUUUAUAUCCAGCCCCUUUACUCAGCUAGCGUUAAAUAAAAUUUAGUACCUUCUGGGUUAUUUUUUUAAAAACAUUUCACAAUCUGAACAAAUCAGAGCUUUGUUUAAUUCGUCAUCUGAAAAUUGAAAGGGUAGAUAUGGCACUUGUGCGAGCUACUAUAAGGAGGUUUUGACUCUAAAAAUGAAACCAAAGCUGCAACAGAAUGGUUUAGAUCAAAUAAUUUUUUGUUGUGUUAGGAUAAUCAGGUAGAAAUCUGGACUUAAAUCAGAUGUGACGCGCUUGAAAUGGAUACUGUCUAACUAAUCUGUCAGAGUUUGAGCUUUUUUGUAAAGGAGCAAAUAAAUUUGGUUUCUAGAUGUGCAAAGCUGGUAGACGCCAAAACACUUGCAGCUGUGAUUGCAGGAAAAGCUCAGUGUACAAAGUAUUGUUUCAGAGGAGAUGAAUACAAAUUACUUCCACACUUUUAAGAUUAUUUGUAGAAAAAAAAGUGCUUGUAAUUUUCCUUACAAAAUGCAUUUGAGUUUGUGGUUGUUACUUAAGAAGAUGUGAAAGUGUUCAAGGAGUAUGAACCCUUUCACAAGGCUCUGCAGGUGAAACAACUAAAAGACUGAGUGAUGAAACAUACGUGGUCAUAAAUAGGACAGGCUGCGAAAUAUCUACAUACAUUAGUAUAUAAAAAAGGUGUGUGCAGUGUCGGAGUACAAACGUAAAUACUGCUUUCGAAUUCUCUCAGAUACUGUUAAAAUCACUUUUACUUUUCAAAAAAAA